AUGGUGCCAGAGUGGGUUGAUGCCUCUAAGCUUUCAGAGAAAUUCCAGAAGCAUUGUCCUCCUACUUUCUACAAGUUGAUUCACGACUCAAUGUUUCCAGCUACUUGGAUAAGAGAUCUGGAGAGGAUCUUCGAGAGUGAAGAAGAGCACGCUAACCACCUUCGUUUUGUGCUGCAGCGCUUGAGAGAAAAACAAUUGUAUGCUAAGUUCAGCAAGUGCAAGUUUUGGUUACAACAAGUGGCUUUCUUAGGUCACCUGGUUUCUGCUAAGGGUAUUGAAGUUGACCCCGGCAAGGUAAAGUCUGUAGUUGACUGGGAGACACAAAAGAAUGUAGUAGAUAUUCAUAGCUUCCUCGGUCUAGCCGACUAUUAUAGGAGAUUUAUCGAGAACUUUUCAAAGAUCUCCGCUCCUAUGACUCGACUAACCCGGAAGGGAGUGAAGUUUGAGUGGUUAGACGACUGCGAGAGGAACUUCCAGGAAUUAAAGUAG